CUUCAGGGAAAUUGCUGAAGAUCGUGAAGACACAGGAGUAAUUUUCCACCGUAUUUCUCUCAAUUUUAGGCGAUCUAAGCCAUCUUUUUGGCCCAAAACUGCACCAGAAGCUGUGUAGUAAUGCCACCUUAGCCCAGGAAUAACAGGAUAAGCGAUCAUGGCGACGGAAUUGGGUGAAACGGUGUACGGAACUCACGAGUCUGACACCCAUGUCAUGUCGGAAAGGGUUCAGAGUUUGGCAAGCAGUAUUUACAAGGAGUUUGAACGGAUGAUUAAAAAAUAUGAUGAGGACGUCGUAAAAGAAUUGAUGCCCCUGGUUGUGGGGAUUUUAGAAAGUUUAGACACGUCCUUUUCGGACAAACAAGAAAACGAUGUGGAAUUAGAACUUUUAAGGGAUGAUAAUGAACAAUUAUUGACGCAGUAUGAACGAGAGAAACAGCUACGGAAAGGAGCAGAACAGAAAUUAUUAGAAAUUGAAGAUGCCAUAGAGGAGGAGAAAAAAGAUUUAUUGGGCAAAACGGAGAGUUUAGAGUCGAUAGUGCGCAUGCUCGAACUGAAGGGGAAAAAUGCUCAAGAUCACGUGAACCGUCUCGAAGAAAAAGAAUCAGAAAUGAAGAAAGAAUAUAACAAACUCCAUGAACGAUACACAGAGUUAUUCAAAACUCACAUGGAUUACAUGGAACGAACAAAAAUGCUGAUGGGUUCAGAUCGCAUGGACAUGAUGGGCAUGAGCCCUCGAGGAAGUAAUGAAAAAUGGCCAAAAUCUCGGAGUGGUUUGAUUCUUCCUAAUCUACGUCCAACGUUCCCAGGGAUGGGAAUCAUGGAGACGCCAACGCCCGUCAAGUCCGGUAUGACACCAGGGUAUUCCACCCCGACCCCAACACGGGGCCCAGACAAUGCCACAAACCUCCAAAAUGAACUCAAGGACUUCGAUAAUAAUGUUGAUCCUAAUCGUAACGUGGCGGCUGAUAAUCGGCGGGAAAUGACGGACAGGGGCCAGAUGACUGACACGAAGUCCGUCAGUUCUGCUUCAAAAAAACCUGAAGAUACAAGUAAAUCAGAAACAGAAGAAGCAGAAGAUGGAAGUGAAAAACCUGAGGCUGCUGAUACAAAAAUAGAGGAUAAAAAUAGUGAAACAGAUCAGAGCAUUAGUGAGGAGAAUGCGAUGUUAAAAACUGGCGAUGCUGAAAAUGUCGAAGGUGCUAAAACAGCGGUGACGACCGCUGAUGAUGUUAUCAGUAAGCCGGUGGAUAUCCGACAAGCGAUGAGUGAUAGCGACUUUACGAGUAGUCUUGAGUUUUCUAUGAGUCCUGCUGGUAUGGACCCGAUGAAACAAUCAAGCAUGAUCCAAUCAACACCAGAAGCUGAAGAUUUGGACGACUUUGAGAAACAUGUUAAAAAGAAUGAGCAGUCGUUGUAUGAAGAACUGGUAUUCCAUGACUCAGAUGUCAUUGGCGACAUGGACGAUGGGGCUGAUAUAACAGAAGACCCUGAAACAGAGUAUAAAACUGAUCUUGGCAGCGCCAUUCACCCCGGAGAGUUUGCGUCACCUGAUGACGAUGCUGAUUCUUUCGCAGCCGGCAGUGACAACUUUUUUGGCAUGGGGAAAGAAGUUGAAAACCUCAUUCAAGAAAACGCGGAACUCCUUGCUACCAAGAAUGCUCUGAAUAUCGUCAAGGAUGAUUUGAUUGCCAAGGUCGACGAGCUGACAAGCGAACAUGAGAUUCUGCGUGAGGAGAUCACGUCGCUGCAGGCCGUCAAGUCGCGCUUCAAGCUCCGCAUCACGGAACUCGAAGAUGAAAUCAAGAAGCUGAAGGAAGAAAUCGACAAGAUGAAUAAAAAGAUGAAUCCGGAAGAUGACUUACAAUCAUCAUAUGAGCUGCAGAACUUUGCAGCGCUGGAGGACGUCCCGAUGGCACAGAGGAAGCGUUUCACCCGCGUAGAGAUGGCACGCGUACUGAUGGAGCGCAACCAGUACAAGGAGCGACUGAUGGAGCUGCAGGAGGCGGUCAGGUGGACUGAGAUGAUACGGGCAUCGAGAGAACACCCCGAACUAGUAGGCCAAGGUGGUGGUACAAAGAAGAGAUCAACAAUAUGGAAUUUCUUCAGCAACUUGUUCAACACCUCCAACAAACCCAGCAAGAAAGCUCUCCCCCACGCGACCAUCCGCUACAAUGCACCGACCACCCAGGUCCAACCCGUCGGAGACCCCAACAAGAAGUCGCGGGAGAAGUACAACCUCGGUGGCAAGGGAAAAGCGUAUGACUUUCUUAAGGAAGAAGAGCGAACGCUGGGCGCUGCGAACCCAGAAGCUUAUUUGUCCCAGAUGCAAUCACUCAGCGAAAAAACCAAGAAGGAGCGAGAACGUGAACGUCGGGAGCAGUAUAAAGCCGUGCGGGCACACGUCAAGAAAGAUGACGGCAGGAUGCAGGCCUAUGGGUGGAGCCUCCCUGCAAAAGUCCCACACAUCCCACGCUCGGAGUCCAACAGCGGAGGAGGAGGUAGCAAGAGUCAUGUCCCUGUACCAGUACCAGUCUAUUGUAGGCCAUUACUGGACAAAGAACCUGGUAUGAAGAUUUGGUGCGCUGCUGGUGUGAAUAUAACAGGUGCCAGGACGCGGGACGGUGGCUCCAUCAUCGGGGCGAGCGUGUUCUACUCUAACCCUCGGGAUGUGACGGAGAGGAAGGAAGCCAAGAACGAGGUGGAGAGGCUGGAUCAGGAGUUGAAGGAUCAUGAGAAAGGCAUCAAAGACCACGAGGCGGAACAAACCGAGAGGAUGUCCUCCCUUGUCUGGAUCGUGACGUCGACUCACUCCUCCAGCCGCGUGACCGUCAUCGACGCAAACAACCCUGGUGACAUCUUGGAAAGUUUCCACGUCACAUCGUCGCAUAUUCUCUGUAUAUCGAGCGUGCCAGGUGCAUCCGAGAGCGACUACCCUGCUGGUGACGAAGACCUACCCAAGUGCAAGACAUCAAAAGACUCGGACGUCCUCGCAGACCCGGCUGUUGGGAACGGUGCCGGUGAGGCAGGUGGAAUCGGAGGAAUAACACUUGUGAAAUGCGCGACAGGCUCGGCAAGUAAGGCGGGCAGUACGUCCACGUCGCCUGCUGGCUCUCCUAAAUUGAGAGGUCGCCGCAGACUGGAAGUGGUUGAGGAUUUGGCUGCAGCUGCAAAGGCCGUGACAGAAGCGUCCGAUAACAUUGAGUGGAAUUUCUUUCUAGAUUUUAGCCCCGAGGCUCAAGCCGGCAUCGCUACUGUUAGCGCGGCGGUGCAGGCCCUUACGUCUGCCAGCGAUAGCAAAGAGGGUAGCCCCGACACUGAGGUGGAGGAAAUAGAAAUGACGGAGAAGCCAUCAGAUGACUCAGCUGGUGACCCCCUCGGUGCUGUAACAGAAGAUAAGGUCAAGGCCACCGUCGUCCGCGCCAAGGGCUCCCCGGCGUCGUCUGGUGCCGGUACACCGCCAGGCGCGCCGUCAUCGUCUGAUAAACGGUUGCUGAAGGAGCAGGAGCAGACGGACUUGUUGAAGGACGGGAUUGCAGCGGUGCCUAUGGAGGGUGAUAUGAUGAUGGUCGAGGUUGAAAAGAUGAGCAGUGUCAUGCCGACCAUGUGGAUGGGCUCUCAGAGUGGAAGCCUGUACGUUCACUCUGCUGUCUCACAGUGGAAGAGGUGUCUGCACUCUGUCAAGUUGAGGGAUUCUGUCCUUAGCAUUGUACACAUCAAGGGUCGUGUUCUAGCUGCCUUGGCUGAUGGCACAGUGGCUGUGUUCCACAGGGCUGAAGAUGGCCAGUGGGAUUUGACAAACUACCACCUCCUGGACCUCGGGCGUCCCCAUCACUCCAUCCGGUGUAUGUGUGUGGUCGGGACCAAGCACGUCUGGUGUGGCUACAGGAACAGGAUACAUGUGGUCGACCCACAGACCAUGGCUGUCAAGAAAUCCUUCGAUGCUCAUCCAAGAAAGGAAAGUCAGGUGCGCCAGCUUGCCUGGGUUGGAGACGGUGUUUGGGUGUCCAUCCGUUUGGAUAGCACCCUGAGGUUGUACCAUGCGUACACACACGAACACCUUCAGGAUGUCGAUAUUGAGCCAUACGUCAGUAAAAUGUUAGGUACUGGCAAGUUGGGAUUCUCCUUUGUGAGGAUAACGUCUCUGUUGGUUUCAAGCAGUCGGCUGUGGAUUGGCACGGGUAACGGUGUCAUCAUAUCGGUGCCGCUCUCUGAAACAAAUAAAGUGCAGAUGACCCCAAACCAAACCGGUCGCAGUCCAGGAGGUUGUAUCCGUGUUUACAGUGAUAGUCGAACAGAUAGCGUCACCCCGGCCAGCUUCAUUCCGUACUGCUCGAUGGCGCAGGCACAGUUGUCAUUCCACGGACACAAGGACGCGGUGAAGUUCUUUGUCGCUGUGCCAGGUAGCGAAAAGAAAAAAUGUGUUCAGAUUGAGCCAGAGGAAGGUGCUCCGAGUCGAGGUUUGAGUUCGGCCUCCAACGUCCCUGACCCGAAGAAGGGUGACAAACCAGAGAAGCCCCUCAAGUCCAUCUUGGUCAUCUCGGGAGGUGAAGGAUACGUCGACUUUAGAAUUGGUGAUGGUGACGAUGAUGACCCUGCUGCUGCUCAGGAGGCGGAGGAAAAGAAGGGAGGUCUCAGCAAGGGCGAUCGUAGCCAUUUGGUCGUCUGGCAGGUGACGUCAGCGACGUGAGGAAAUUGACAAUGGAAGUGUACUGAUGGAAUCGAUUCAGUGAAUGGCCAUAGGGGUUGCUGGGGAACAGAUUCUAGGUGGAUUCAUACUCUGGUGCGCGUGACCAACCGAGACGUGAGGUGUAGGACAGUUGCCACAGGCGACCCUCAUCAAGUUUUCAUUGGUUUUUUGCCGGAUUUCAGCUUUGUAAAACUUUGGUCAGUGACUUCUCUGUGAUGUCACCCAACCAUGGCACAAUUGUCACUGGAAUUAAAGUCCCAAACUUGGCUAAGUGUCCGCCAAAGUCCCAACAGAGUUUUGGUUGUGCGUCUGUCUGCAACAGAGUAUGAAUUUUCCCUUGGUGAUGUGCAUUGAACUGUUGAUUGUGCGGGAAAUGUCUCAUUAUCUAUUCAUGCCUACUAUCAAAGUUAUGCCUCUGUACUAGCACGACACCUUAUGUCAUAGUGUGGCGAAGUGACAUAAUACCCGAGGUAGGCCUGAAUACUAGAUCUCAGCCUCAGGAUGAAAUGCUGCCGGGUUUUGCCCAGCGAUGGCAUCUUCAAAAACACGUUUGUAGUAUUCUAGUCAGUUAUAUAGGCUACGUUUUUGAUUAUAAUCAAAGGAAAGAUAUUCAGGUAUAGGAAAAAUGAUGAACUACCCAUGGUAUACUACCUGUGGUAUAACUACCUAUGGUAUAACUACCUGUGGUACAUUGUAUAACUACCUAUUGUAUGUAACACAAGUGAAGUGAAGAGUUUGUUUACAAAUGGAGAUGAACACCAUUCUGUAUUUCAGAGUUGACUACUUCAUGGUCUUAUGCUUAUUACAAGUUCAAGUCGGGACUGAUCUUUUACAAAGUUGUUGCCAACAAAAUGACAUAACAUAUAUUUUGUUUUGGAGGCAAACUUUUCAUUUGUCCAAACAUGCAACCAGUGGCUCUGUGCAACUCGUGAAAACGCCGAUAUGAAAUCUGUAAAUAUACCAACUAGGUAAUCAUAUUUUACGAUAGAUAUCAAAACUAUGAUUGCAUGGUUUUAAUUGUGCAAUGCUUGUAUUGUAAAGAUGGUCUGAUUAUUUCAACCCUUUCAUGGGUUGAGCUUAUUGCAUUGAUGCAGAAGGGGGGUCAGCUUUCCUGCUAGCUUUGCAUGGCUGAUGGCAGAAAGGUCGGGGUGAUUGAGAAAAUGUCCUUACACUAAAACGUACCAAACUGCUCAGUUACUAACCGCGACUCUCCUCCACCACCUUCUGAUCUUGCCUGCAGGAAAUAUCCUGAUGGGCCAAUGCACUGUAGUAAGAACCUGAGGGACUAUCAUAAGUCACCCCAGUCUGCAAUGGGUUAAGUUUUUGCACUGUUCUUUUGUUUUGUGUCAAUUAUUUAUCUUGUAAAUACAUUGUAUCAAAGUAUAUCAAAAUUUCAGACCGUGCGCUCACUCGUUAACAACACCAGUUUAAGGAGGAGUAUAUCGAGAUACACCUUCAGCGCCGAACCGCGUAGAUCUACGUGGCCCAAAUCCCCCUCCCCUUUGGGCUGGUUAUCGGAGUCUCAUGGACUUCAUGAAAGAACUACGCCAUCGCCAUCUUCAGGUCAAGAUUGGAACUGAAACGGUCUUUUCAGUUCCUACUGUGCCCUGAAGAUGGCGAUAGCGUAGUUCUUUCAUGAAGUCAUUUAAAGUUCUGAACUACGCCAUCGCCAUCUUCAGGGCAAGGUAGGAACUGAAAUGACCGUUUUGUCUUCUCAGUUUCUCCCUUACCCUGAAGAUGGCGAUGGCGUAUCUCUUUCAUGAAGUCCACGAGACUCCGAUAACCAGCUCAAAGGGGUGGGGGAUUUGGUUCACGUUCGGCGCUGAGGAGUAAAUCUAUGAAGCAGUGAAGAUGGAUAGUCAGAGUGUCUUAAAAAUCGGCCGUUGAAGAGUUUUGAAAAUUCCUUUGCCAAUUUUUGGGACACCCAGUAUUGUCCAUGUUCACUUUAGUUGGUUAUUCUAGUGUAUGAUGUAUGUCAUAUACAUUGUUCUCAAUUAAACAUGACGCACUCUAUUUCAUUUGUAAAUUAAAGCUAGUUGUAAAUUUGUGAUUAGUUUUGAAUGCAGCUGGAUUUUGUUAAAGUACAUAUGAAAUGUAUUGUGAUCGUGUGAAAGAAUAGGGAUAUGGACUAUUAUAUGGGUGAAAUAACUUUCUCAUAUCAUAUUUUGCCCUCUUGAUUAAACACCAGACUCUAGUUGUACAAGAUUUCGGCAGAUGCUAGUGCAAUUAACUGAUAACUAGUGGAGGCAACCCCUAACCGUUGCCGAGAAGAAAAAGCUGAGGUGGUUUGGCCAUAUCACGAGAGCCAAGAGAACACUUGCAAAUACCAUCUUGCAGGGCACAGUGGAGGGUAGCUGCUGACGCGGCCGUCCAAGAGAAUUUGAAUGGAUGACGUGAUGCACUGGGCUGGAAGGCAGACCAGUGACCUGAUCCGCCUCGCCGAGGACAGUCACUUCUGUGCAGCUCACACCUCAUCUUCUUGAUAAUUUCUUAUUUUGUCACAAAUGUGAAUUGAAGUGUGGUGAAAUAAUACAAAAGAAGUUUGUCUCAUGUCCUUAUUCUUUCGUGGUUAGACAAGAAACAUGGGUUUUAUUUUAAUACUCAUUUCAAUAUAAUUGUUAUUAUCAAAGUGUAUAGUUCAUCAGAUAUAACAGUCAUGCCAUGACAUCACAAAUAAACAAGUGUAGGUUUUUCGUAUAGAAGGAAAGACAAUGUGUAAAAAAACCAAUUGCAACCAGCUUGAUGGGAUUUUGGUUGGCUUAGUGUGGGGCACUGCCAAACAAAUGCAUAUGAACGAGCUUUGCUUAUGAAGCUCAACAAUUUCACCUGUUAGAAUUGCCAAACUUGUUUCGACUGCAUCGGAAGAAUAUUGUUCAUUUGGAGCAAUCUUCUUCCUCCUACUUCACUACUUUUACUGUCAGGUAGUAUUCUUUGGUGUAUAUUUCUGAUGUCAUGAUAUUUUUUCCUUGAGGUCACUUCAGAAGGUGCCCAUAUCAGUGUCUCUGUCAAAAGGGGUAUGUUGGUUUCUUCUGAUUUUUGGUCAGAAAAUCCUGACUGCCUUGUCAACCUUCAGACGGAAGCACUGUAAAAUUGGUCAGUAGACGUGGUAACUUUGAAAAUACUACACCCGGCUUAUAAUGGAAUGUCGCAGUAGAACUGCUCCUGACUGAUUUCACAGUAUCUUGGUGAAUCCUAGUUGCACUGUGAAUAGUUAUAACAAUGUUGUCCCUCAUAGAAACAUGCUUAUUGCGCCGGGAACUUUUUGAAGUGAACCAAGGGAAGAUUUGUGGACACCGUCACGAGUCUCGUCCGCAUUUUAAGCUUGUAGGAAUAUGGCGAACUUGGUUAUUGUCUGGUAAAUUGUUGAUAUUUUAUUUGCUAAAAAUUUGUGAAUGGAGAAUAUAAAAUAAAGGCCAAAACAGGCUACUUGUUG